UGCAGUUGGUCCAGUAAAACUUAAAGGGCCAGGGGCAAGAGGCAGACACUUGCCUGAGUACGCGUUAACCAGUGUUCAUCACCUGAAAUAUCUCCGAUAUUGGCUCCUCUACAGAGGCGUUGUUAAAAUGGACGUCAAAGCGUUGGUGAGCCUUCUGUUGGUGUCUGUUGUGACGUCAGAGGUUCAUGAGGACUCCUGUUCCCGCCAGUUGAACAACAGUCAGAACAUCACCGUGUUGGCGCCGGCCGGGGCCAAGGGCGAACAGGGAGCCACUGGACGACAAGGACCGAAAGGAGAUCUUGGCACCAUAGGAGCGAGAGGUGUUCCAGGGAAGCUCGGGCCAUCCGGACCGAAAGGGGAGAAAGGCCACAGGGGUGAGCGGGGCCCGGUCGGGGAGAGGGGACCACCCGGUUCCAGCCCGCCCGCUCCGUCUGUCGUGGCCUUCUCGGUGGCGCGAACGGCAGAUGUGAGCAAAACGUCGUCUGACACACUUGUCACUUACGACAUCGUCAUCACCAACGUGGGCGGGGCGUUCAACACGGGGACGGGCAAGUUUGUGGCUGUUAUCAGUGGCGUUUACUUCUUCACAUUCACGGGCAAGACCGACUAUAAGCCUAAAUUCCAUUACAAAGCCCAUCUGAUGAAGAAUGAAGAAAUCGUGGUGAGUCUGCACGAGAAUAAUGGAAAUCUGGGACAGCACAACUCCGGCAGUAACAGCGCCGUGCUACGCCUGCUCCCAGGGGACCAAGUGUGGGUCAGACUGGAUGGGGACGGCCGCAGUCUGGUCGGGACCAAGAACCACGAGGGUAGCAGGUUCCUUACCUUCUCUGGGUUCCUCAUUCAUGCCGACUAAUCUAACUAGUACGGUCAAACCUGCAGAAGUGUGACCACUUGCUGAUGAUUCCUUUAGAUUGCACGGUUGACACUUGUAAGUAUCAAGAAUCCUGUCUUCUGUGACCACCUGUCCAUAAAUCGUAGAUUUUAUCGGUCCCGAGAGGUCUAGUUCUUAGGCAGGGUUGACCCUAAUAUUUGUCUAAUGUGUUUUGUGUUGAAGAUUCCAAAGUUUCGUUUCCUGACAGGCUGGUUUCGCUGACAGUUUUUUAACAUCAAGGCCGAUUUUGGAGUAACGUUAGAGAAAAUGUCAUGAUUUAAACUUUCUUCUCUAAAUUUCUUCUCCAAUAUCUAUUUGGAGAUCCGUAUCUCCCUCUAGAAUGCUAGUACUAGUACCUCCUAAUAGACAUAGCACUUAUGUUGUUGCUGAAAAUGCAGUAACUUUAGUGGUGGUUUAUGUCACAAAAUGAUUGCGAAAGAUUUACUGUAUGUUCGACUCUUGAAUAAUGUGUGAAAACGUUUGUUUGUGACUUGUUGAAUUCAGUUUUGUCAACUAGGCGAGUGCAUUUGACCUUAUCUAAUUCAUGUUUAAUUUCCACUACUAGUUUUCCACUGUAUACAAUAUUAUACUUAUUGAGUUGCAUUGCCGUUUUAUGGGUCCUGACGUAAUGCAUUCUCAUCUCUCUUUAACCAUUGAACAAAUGUCUUAGAAUUCCAAGACAUGCAAUUGAUACUUGUUUGGUCGAAAGUUGUUGACAGUUUUGUUGUUGUCUUGUUGUUUAUUUGUUUUAUAUAGGUACGAAGCCUGAAUAAACAAUAUAAAAGCUUGAUGAUAAACAUGCA